AUGUCUGAAAUGCACGAAGCUUGUGUUCAAUUGCAAGAUAGCGUAAAUUCUUUAAUUGACCGUGAUAGAAAUCCUAUCCGCGGAGCCGCUGGAAAGAGGAAUGAAGACGGUAUCAAACAGAAGCUCGAAAAGAAAGAAGGACUUUUCAGAAAAAACAUGAUGGGCAAGCGUGUUAACUAUGCUGCACGAAGUGUCAUUUCCCCAGAUCCCAACAUUGAGACCAGCGAAAUAGGUGUCCCUCCCGUCUUCGCCAAAAAGUUAACAUAUCCGGAACCGGUGACCAGCCAUAAUUUUAGAGAAAUGCAACAGGCAGUUAUCAAUGGUGUCGACAAAUGGCCCGGUGCCACCGCGAUUGAGAACGAGAACGGGCAAAUUAUUAACCUGAAAAACAAAUCUGCGGAAGACCGUGUUGCUUUAGCCAACCAGCUUCUCGCGCCGACAAGCCAAGAAUAUGCCGGGGUGAAAGGCAAAAAGGUCCACCGACAUCUCGGAAACGGCGAUGUGGUGUUAAUGAAUCGUCAGCCCACGCUGCACAAGCCCUCCAUUAUGGGUCAUCGAGCCAGAGUCCUGCCUGGAGAAAAGACGAUUCGUAUGCACUACGCAAAUUGUAACACGUACAACGCAGAUUUCGAUGGUGACGAGAUGAAUAUGCACUUCCCUCAAAACGAACUUGCUCGAGCAGAAGCUUUAAAGAUUGCCGAUACCGACCAUCAGUAUCUAUCAGCUACUGCUGGGAAGCCCUUGCGAGGUCUGAUCCAGGACCAUUUGUCUGUGUCUGUUGCGCUCUGUAACAAGGAUACCUUUUUCGAUAAAGGCGCAUAUCAGCAGCUUGUAUAUGGCGCGUUACGACCUGAGAGUGGCCAUAUCACAUCUGAAAGACUUGAGCUUGUCCCGCCAGCUAUCUUCAAGCCUGCUCGGCGUUGGACUGGAAAACAGGUUAUUACAACCAUAUUGAAGAACAUGAAGCCGGCUGGUUGCGGUGAUCUCUGGCUCACCGGGAAAUCACAAUUAAAACCACCUUCUUGGGGCAACUUCCUCGAAGAGAGCAAUGUAUUGUUUAGCGACGGCGAAUUUAUUACCGGUAUCCUUGAUAAGUCACAGCUAGGUCCUAGUGCUGGUGGAUUUAUACACUCUAUCCAUGAGAUCUGGGGCCCUGAACUUGCCGCUAAGCUUCUCAGCUGUCUUGGUCGUCUUCUUACCCGGUACCUUAAUAUGCGCGCUUUCACUUGCGGUAUGGACGAUUUACGACUCACGCCUGAGGGUGAGAAGAGUCGCAAGGAAAAGCUGAAGAGCGCCAGUCAUAUCGGUCUUGAAGUUGCUGCACAAUUUGUGAGUCUAGGCGACCGACCCAAUAUCACCAACACGGAUGAGCUACUAUUGGAACGGUUAGAAGAGGUUAUGCGUGACGAUACGAAGCAAGAAGGCUUAGAUCGUAUGAUGAAUUCCCGAUCGCGUGAUCUGUCUAGCGAAGUCAAUAAGACUCUUCCCGCAGGGCUCGUGAAACAAUUCCCUAAAAAUCAAAUGCAGUCUAUGACAACAUCCGGUGCAAAGGGAAGUACUGUCAAUGCAAACUUGAUUUCUUGCAACCUUGGCCAGCAGGUUCUUGAAGGUCGAAGGGUACCUCUGAUGGUUAGCGGCAAGUCGUUGCCAUGCUUUCGUCCGUUCGAAACAAGUGUGCGAGCAGGUGGUUAUAUUGUAAAUCGUUUCUUAACUGGAAUUCGACCUCAGGAAUACUAUUUCCAUCACAUGGCUGGACGAGAAGGUUUAAUUGAUACCGCUGUAAAGACGUCACGAUCCGGUUAUCUACAAAGAUGUCUAAUCAAGGGAAUGGAGGGCCUAAAAGUUGCUUAUGAUUCAUCCGUACGAGAUGCCGACGGAUCAAUGGUUCAGUUCUUAUACGGAGAAGACGGUUUGGAUAUCACCAAGCAGAAAUACUUGACUGAUUUCGGCUUUGUGCUUCGCAACCAGAUAUCUGAGGUCAAUUUGCUUGGUAUUGGAGAGAGGGGAUGGGAUCAAGAAAUCUACGAAUCUAAGGACUACGCUCAAAAAUACCAAAAGAAAGCCAUCAAGCAGGCCAAGGCGAAUGAUCCAAAGGCCCUCGACCCGAUUCACACUGAGCUUAAUCCCAAUCGCCAUGCGUUCUCCACGUCGGAAAAGUUCUACGAGAAGGUGUCCGAGUACAUCAAGAAAAACCAGGACGGUCUGAUCAAAGAGAAGGGCGAGAAGAAAUCAGGUGCUAUGCUCAUCCCUCGUAAAUACGCUGAGAAGAUAUUCCAUGCCAAAUAUCUUCACUCCCUGGUUGAACCUGGCGAGGCCGUAGGUAUCGUUGCUGGUCAAUCCGUCGGUGAGCCUUCGACUCAAAUGACAUUGAACACGUUCCAUUUGGCUGGCCACUCUGCAAAGAACGUCACUCUUGGUAUCCCCCGUUUGCGAGAAAUUCUCAUGACAGCUAGCGACCAUAUUUCCACGCCGUCCAUGACGCUAGUACUGAACGAAGAAUUAUCGGAGGCGGAUGGAGAGACGUUUGCAAAAGCAAUCAGUAUUCUUCCUCUCUCGCACGUCGUCGACAAGGCUACGGUAAAGGAGCGUGUCGGCAAGGGCAUUGGCUACCGCUUAGCAAAGAUGUUUGAUAUUCACCUCCAAUUCUUCCCUUCUACCGAAUACACAAAAACGUACGCGAUCAGCAUUUCUGACGUUCUCAACACCCUCGAGGUUAAGUUUUUGCCCGUCCUAGAGAGGUUAAUCAAGAAGGAAAUCAAGGCAAAGGCUGAUCAAGAGGGCGACGCGGUGCCAGAGGUUGGUGUCAAGUCUGGCGUAGUCGAAGUAGCUUCGGGCAACCCCGAUGCCGUAGCUCGCGAUGAGGAUGAUGACGACGAUGAUGACGAUGACGAUGACGCGACAAAUGCCAAGCAACGCGCGAACCGAGCGCAGGCAGUUUCGUAUGGUGCAAAUGAUGAAGAAGACGACGAAAUCCAGCAGCGAAUGGAGCGGGAGGCGUCACCGGAGGAUGAAGAUGAACCUGAGGACGAAGGGUUUGGUGGCAGUCCGCCCCCACCAAGCGAUGACGAAGAUGAAGACGGCAGUACUAGCAAACGAGCCGGUGCCCGCGAAAGUCGUAUCAAGGAGAAGAUCCCGGUCGUAUCUCGUUUUACAUGUGACGAGAAGAAGGGUGAAUGGUGUGAUUUCACACUUGAAUACGAUUCCAACAUACCUAAGAUCCUCAUGUUGAGCGUUCUCCAAGAAGCAGUCCGGAAAGCACUCAUACAACAAAUCGAUGGUAUUAAGUCCUGCACAUUCGUAGCCGACGAGAAGAUAGUCGACCCGCGAACUGGAGAGGAAGAAAAGAAGGCGGUUAUCCACACAUCCGGUGUCAAUCUCCGAGCCAUGCAGAAGUAUGGCGACUUCAUCAACCCCAACAAGAUUCAGACAAAUGAUAUUGCAUCAGUGCUCCAGGUGUAUGGCGUCGAGGCAGCACGUAACAGUAUCAUUCGGGAACUUGGCGGCGUCUUCGAAGGUCACGGUAUCGGUGUCGAUAAACGACAUCUCAACCUCAUCGGAGACUACAUGACGAGGAACGGAGGGUUCACCCCGUUCAACCGCAACGGCUUGAAGGGUAACGUCAGUCCAUUCACUAAGAUGAGCUUCGAAACCACAUUGUCAUUCUUGAAGGACGCCGUUCUCGACGGAGAUUGGGAUGAUCUUACCACACCCAGUAGCCGAAUCGUCAUGGGCAGGCUAGGCAUGAUCGGCACUGGCGCCUUCGAUGUUCUUCUCAAGGCACAUCCGAAAAACGGGAAGAAUCACCUGAGCUAA